AUGACACACCCCAAAACCUUCUUAUGUGAGGAUCUCCUCAUUGAAAUAUUCUCAUGGCUUACCGUCAAAUCCCUUAUUCGAUUCCAAUGUUUAUCCAAAUCUUUGAAAUCCUUAAUCUCUAAUCCAACUUUUGUGAAAUUGCAUCUUUCAAACUCACGAAGCGGUACCAAUAUAUUAUACAAGUUCACACCUUGCUAUAAUAGAACUCUUACUUUAAUGAAUUACUCGUUAUCCACAAUUGUUGAGGAUUUUAAUUUUGGUUCUAGUUUGAAAUCAGAGUACAAGUUUGAAGCUGUUGGUUCAUGUAACGGAUUGGUUUGUUUGGUUGCUCAAGAUGUUUUUAAGUGGACAAAAUAUCUAGUUUGUUUAUGGAACCCUAUCACCAAUGCAAAAUCCUAUAAACCUUGUCUUUUAGUCCAUUGUCAUCCAUAUUCUUGCCGUACUAUGUUUGGAUUUGGUUAUGAUAGUUUAUACGACACUUACAAAGUCGUAGUUGUGCAUUUCAAGAGAUCUGAAUUACGUCGAGGUUCAAGAGAAUCUGAAGUAAUUAUUUAUAAUAAUCGUGAUAAUUAUUGGAGAAAUAUUCAAACUUUUCCCGGUUUUACAGCUUUAGGACGAUCUAAUGGAAUAUAUUUGAAUGAAACUAUUAAUUGGUUGGCAACUUCUGACCUUGAUCAUUAUUGGGACAAUCCUAUUUAUAUUGUUUCACUUCAUCUUGGUAAUGAAACAUAUAAACAAAUGUCACUGCCUUCUUGUUUUGAUCAAGUCCAUCGUGUCAAUGAUCAAGCUAAGGCAAGUCUUGGGAUUUUGAAAGAUCAUUUGUGUUUCUCUUAUGAUGAUGAUAUCAAAAGAACUCAUUUUGUUUUAUGGCAAAUGAAUGAGUAUGGAGUUGAAAGUUCAUGGACUCAAUUGUUGAAACUUAGGUAUCAUGCUCUUGAAAUUGAUCAACAAAGUAUUUUACCACCUCUAGGAACUUUUAAGAAUGAUCGCUUAAUCCUUAUGGAGAGGAUAGAUGGUAAACUCCAAGCAACAAUUGUGUAUGAACAAGAAGGAAACAUUGAAAUUCCCAGAAAUAAACUUUGGAUUUAUACUAAGGAUUAUUUACCAAGCUUAGUUGCACCAUGGUAA